GUCACCCACGACCGUUGUCAUUGACGCUUCAUUUGCUCUGCAUAAUCUCUCUCUCUCUCUCUGUUUCCGUGUUCAACGUUUCAAGCCCACAGGAAAGUUUUUCAAAUCCUUCCGAGAAGCGCAGAAAUGGAGGCAAUGAAGAUGAGGCUCUUCGUGACCCUGAUGGUGGUGGUGCUCGUGGCUCUCGCUGCCGCGCAGACCGCCUCCGCCGCCGAAGCCCCGGCGCCGAGCCCGGCCUCGGACGCCUCCGCCUUCGUCCCCACCUUCCUCGCCUCCGUGGCUGCUCUUGCUCUGGGUUACUUGCUCUGAGCUCGCAGGAUGAGGAGCAAUGUAGGCGGCGAGACUGCUCGUUUCCUCUUGCUUUUCGCUCGCUCUCUCCUUAGCUCUUGGCUAAUGAGUUUGCAGGGGGAGAAGAGGGAUUAGAGGGCAGAGAGAGAGAGAGAGAUUGUGGGGGUUGGUUUGGUUGGUUUCUCUUCCUUAUUUUAUUAUAAAGUUAGGAACUUUAGCGAGAUUGUUUGUUGGGUCUGUUGAUGAAGGGAUGAUGAUUUGUUUCUGGGUUUUUUUCCUGUUAAUCUGAUUCACAUUCAUAUGUUUGGAGGCAUUGGUAUGAUAUGCCUUCUGGGCUAUUGUGACUUUUAUCUAUGAAUAUACCCUAUUUGGAAGUAAUAAGAUUCCCCGGGCUUCAUGGA